AGACUUCGAAAACGGGGAAGACGUAGCAUUCUUUCUAUCCAUCAGUUUCUUCUUCUUGUUGCUGAUCAUCAUCAUGUGAUUCCAUUUUACAGUUGAACAAAAAAAAUCCAAUUUGUUUUUGAACGGAGAAGAAGAAGGAUCCAUUCACACCAUUCUAAAUUCAUCUCCUUUUUAUCACAUUUCCUUUUGAUUUCAAUUCCAACAAGUGAAAAAUGUUGACUAGAGCCCUCGGGCGAGUUCGAAUUCCCGGGUCGAUGAUCCAGAGAUCGAAUACUCCGAGUGGGGUUUUGAAAGAUUCGAAAUUGGUGGGUUCGAUUGGUGUUACCUUUAGAAGAUGGUUAUCGAACGAGAGCGGGAAACGAUUUGCGGCGAUGUGGGGAAGCGGGGAUUACGGCAGAUUAGGGCUCGGAAACUUGGAUUCUCAGUGGACACCCGCCGUUUGCUCUGCUUUGAGGGAUCAAAGCAUCAGAGCUGUUGCUUGCGGUGGAGCUCACACUCUGUUUCUCACCGAUACGAGGAGAGUCUUUGCAACGGGUCUUAAUGACUGUGGUCAACUUGGCGUAUCAGAUGUUCAAAGCCAUGCUAUGGAGCCACUUGAAGUUUCUGGUCUUGAAAAAGAGAUUCUGCACAUCUCGGCUGGUUAUUAUCAUUCCGCUGCUAUUACAGUUGAUGGUGAACUCUACAUGUGGGGGAAGAAUUCAAGUGGACAGCUUGGACUGGGAAAAAAGGCUGCAAGAGUUGUACGCGUAGCAACUAAAGUACAAGCUCUGCAUGGAAUCACCAUACAAACUGUGGCUUUGGGUUCAGAGCAUUCAGUUGCUGUUACUGAUGGAGGUGAAGUCCUGAGCUGGGGAGGAGGAGGCUCUGGAAGACUUGGCCACGGUCACCAGUCCAGUCUUUUCGGCAUCGUAAGAAGUAACAGUGAAUAUACUCCAAGGCUUAUCAAGGAACUUGAGGGGAUCAAGGUUAAGAAUGUUGCUGCUGGUCUGCUGCAGUCAGCAUGCACUGAUGAUAAUGGCUCUGCUUUCAUGUUCGGAGAGAGAUCUAUAAAUAAGAUGGGCUUCGGAGGAGUAAGAAAUGCCACAAUACCAUCGAUUAUUAGUGAAGUGCCAUAUGCAGAUGAAGUUGCAUGUGGUGGCUACCACACAUGUGUUGUUACAAGAGGUGGGGAACUUUACACCUGGGGCUCAAACGAAAAUGGGUGCCUUGGCACAGAUUCAACAUAUGUCUCACACUCUCCUGUGAGAGUUGAAGGUCCUUUCUUGGAGUCUACCGUAUCCCAGGUAUCUUGUGGCUGGAAGCACACUGCAGCUAUUUCAGAUAGCAAUGUCUUUACCUGGGGCUGGGGAGGUUCUCACGGCACAUUCUCUGUUGACGGACAUUCCUCUGGUGGACAACUGGGCCAUGGUAGUGAUGUAGAUUAUGCUAGACCAGCAAUGGUGGACUUGGGAAAGAAUGUAAGAGCAGUGCAUAUAUCGUGUGGCUUCAAUCAUACUGCAGCAGUUCUCGAACAUUUUUGAGGACUCCUUGGGCUCGAUGUCAAUUCAAAAAAAUAUGUUUUGUUUAUUUAUUCUUUCUUAAACCCUUAUAUACUUGGGUGAGGAGAUUGUACAUCUGAAUCAACUCUAUAGAGAGAACCUUGUGGUUCUGACCUUGUAAUCAUAAACGACGGUAUAUAAUCUAUACAGAACAAGGUGGAUAAAAAUUAGGAGCAACACUGAUUUUCUAUCAUCCCUUGCCAAAUGAGUCUAACUUUGAACAGCAAAACAUUGAAUUCUGUAAAAACUCUUUCCUUAAUACGAAAACUUGAAUACAAAGGUGGAGAGAAUGAAAACAUCAACACUUUGUCUCCUUUAUUCCAAGUCAAAAAACUCGAACGAAUGAAUUUGUUUUCUCCGUACUAUCUCUCACACUCACAAUGA